AUGCCCAAUAGUCCAUCAGUAGCUCGGGCGCCCACGCAGCCGGAAGGCGCGCGGAAAGACCUUGCGCGCCGCUCUCUCUCGACUUCGCCUUCCGCAGAAAGAGGCGAGCCUGGCCCCGCGGAAGUCGUGUGCAUCGACGCAGACGAAGCGGAGACGGAAAGCGUGGACAUUGAGGAAGUCUGGGGGGGCGGCGCGCAGGCCGCGGGACGCGACAGCCUCAAGCGGCAGUACCGACCGAGUGUUUCCACCACCUCUGGGCGCCGCGCGGAAGACUCGAACGCUGCCUCCUGCCUCGUCUGCUGCGGCCUCGUCUGCUGCGGCCUCGUCUGCUGCGGCCUCGUCUGCUGCGGCCUCGUCUGCUGCGGCCUCGUCUGCUGCGGACUCGUCUGCUGCGGACUCGUCUGCUGCGGCCUCGUCUUCCUCGUCGGGCGCGCCGGGGCUCUCUGCGCGCUCCUCCUCUUCGCGGAAGGCGGCGGCUGGUGCGGGGGGGGGACAUCGCCCGGCGCGUCUUCCGCGGCCGCGGCUUCGCCCUCGCAGGCGGACUUUCCAAGCGCCACGGAACGCGAGGCGCGCGAGAAGCGGAAUCCAAACUUCUCGCGGCGCGGCGGCGAGGUCCCAGGGGCCUCGUGGCUCGAGCGCGAGCUCUGCGUGGCCGUCUGGGACGCCCCUGGCACCAAGAGAGGCUACUUGUACAACAUCGUCCAGAUGCAGGCAGAGAUCGCCACGAGUGAAGAGAAAAAAGAGACAGUCUCCGGCUUGCACCUGUAUUUCGUGUCUGAGACUGGAGCGACGUGGAGGACUUCCCUGCUGCAUCGGCCCUACUUUUACCUGUCGCUUCACCGCACGCGAGGCUCGUACUUUGAGCAGCUCAAAGAGGCGCUCCUGGAUCUCCUCGGCGAAGCAAAUGUGCGUUUCGAGAAGACCCUCAGAGAAGAUCUUUCGGACCCCGCACAUCUCGCGCCGCUUCACCCGAGCUGGCGCAAGGACGGGGCAAACAGAACGUCCUCUUUCCGCGAAUUCAUCAAAGUUUCCUUCGCGAACGUCAAGCAGCUGGUCGGCGCGCGCGACGAACUGCGAAAAAUCGUGCGGCAAAACCGUGAGGCCUGCGAGCGCCGGCGCGAAGAGGAGCGGCUGGCGAGCUUCGCGGAGAAGACUAAGGCGAAGACCUCUGCGUUUUCGAGGACUCUGCGCUCGCCUUUUGCGUCUCCGGACGACGCAAACUUUUCAGAUCUCGCAUUCAUUCAGGGCGCGUCUGGGGACGGAGGAGACAAGGGCGGCUCAGACGGUCAGCGCGAGGGGCGGGAUGAGGCGCGGGGGGGUUGCGGCGGAAAAAAAUCGAGGCAGGAACAGGGCGCGGAUGUCACCGCCCUCAUCGAAGACAUCUUCGAAGCCGACGUCCUCUACGUCACGCGGUGCUGCAUCGAUUUGAAGCUGCGCUGCGGUCUGUGGCAUGAUGUCCAACGCACGAGCUCCGCCUUGGCUUCUGCCGUACUCCUGACUCCGUUGCCGGAGUGCGCCACGGCGCCUCCGCUCCGCGUUCUGGCGUGGGAUAUUGAGUGUAGCAAGCAGCCGCUCAAGUUCCCGGAUAGCAACUCCGAUCACGUGAUUCUGAUUUCGUACAUGUUCAACGGCCAGGGCUACUUGAUUGUGAAUCGGCAGUGGCUGUCGGAGGACAUCCAUCCGUUUGAGUUUCGCGCGAAGAAGAACAUGGAGGGCGCCGGGCGCUUCAUCAUCUUUAACGAGAAAGGCGAAAAGGAGCUCCUCGCGCGCUUUGUGCAGCACGUCCUCAAGCUCCGUCCGCACAUUCUCGCGACCUACAACGGCGACACAUUCGAUUUCCCCUUCGUUUACAGGCGCGGAGAGAUCAACGGGCUGGACUUCAACACGUCUUUCGGCAUCACGCCCUUUACAUCGGACAGUUCCUACCAGGGGAACAGCGCCCUGAUUCACAUCGACUGCUUCAAGUGGGUCGAGCGCGACUCGUAUCUGCCGCAAGGAUCGCGCACGCUCAAGCUCGUCUGCAAGGAGAAACUCCGAUUCAAUCCGGUGGAAGUCGACCCCGAAGACAUGGUCCCGCUCGCGCUGCAUCGACCUCAAGAGCUGGCCGUUUAUUCGGUGUCCGAUGCCGUCGCGACCUUCUUCCUCUAUGAAAAAUAUAUUCACAACUUCAUUCUCGCGCUCUGCACGAUCAUCCCGAUGAACCCGGAGUCCGUGCUGCGGCAAGGCAGUGGCACGCUGUGCGAGCAGCUCCUGAUGGCUGAGGCCGCAGGGCGCGGCGUCCUUUUUCCGAACAAGCACCAAACCCGCUACCUGCAGUACUGGCGCGACGAAAAGACGCGCAAAAUGCAUCUGAUUCUCGAGGACUCCUACGUCGGCGGCCGCGUCGAGUCUCUCAAGUGCGGCAUCUUUCGCAACGACCUGGAAGAGACCUUCACGCUGGACAGCGACGCGUAUCAGGCGCUGAUUGACUCGCUGGACGAGACGCUGCUCUUCUGGCUUCAGCAGGAGAACGGGAGCGCCGCGUCGGCGCCGCUGACACCGGCGGACUUCAGCGACUGGGAGGAGCAUCGCAACGACAUGCUGGAGCGUCUCACGAGUCUGCGCAACUCGCGCGUCCUCCGCUCGCUUCCCGUGCUUUAUCACCUCGACGUGUCGGCUAUGUAUCCCAACAUCAUCCUGACGCAUCGCCUGCAGCCGCCGGCCGUCGUGGACGAAGACUACUGCAGCCAGUGUCCCUUCUCGAAGGAAGCGUCACUCUGUCAACGGCGCAUGACGUGGACGCGGAAGCUCGAGGUGUCUCCCGCGGAGAAAGGCCAUAUUCUCCCCCUCCAGCAGAAGCUGCAGAUGAAGCUCUUCAACGUCUGCACGGCGCCCGACCUGCGCGGAAAGAAGUCUUCGCUGGCGACGGCCGCCCAGGCGCGCGCCGCGCAAGAAGAGAGCGAAGACUCCGAGGCAGAAGAGGACGACGAGGAAGGCGGCACAAAGAAGCGAGGGCGCGGCGGCAGAGACGGGUUCGCCCGCGAGGAAGACAGGCAGGACGCCAAGAGCACGAAGAAGUCGUGGACGGAGUUGACGGAGAAGCAGAAACACAUGGAACUCGUAAAAGUCGUCAAGGACUUCUCCGUGAAAGCCUACAAAAAAACCAAAAUGCAAAAGGAAGUCGACCAACACGCCAUUGUCUGUCAGCGCGAAAAUCCGUUCUACGUCGACACCGUGCGCGCCUUCCGCGACCGUCGCUACAUCUUCAAGCGGCGCCUGAAGGCUGCGGAGCGCCUCAGGGAAAAGCUCGAGAAAGAUGGAGGCUCCUUCCAGGCCAAGAAGGACGCAGACGACACGAUUCUGCUGAAUGACUCGCUGCAGCUCGCGCACAAAUGUAUUUUGAACUCCUUUUACGGCUACGUGAAGCGCGACGCGGCGCGCUGGUAUUCCAUGCAGAUGGGCGCGGUCGUGACGAAGGCCGGCGCGGACAUUAUUCAGGGCGCCAAACGGAUGAUUGACGGCCUCGGAGUGACGAUGGAGCUCGACACCGACGGGAUAUGGUGCAUGCUGCCGCAGAAAUUCCCGCAGAAGUACGUGUUUCACCAGAAGGAGACUGGGAAGGAGUUCCGGUUCGAGUUCCCCACGACGAUGCUGAAUCAGGACGUCCAUCGCCGCUACACGAACGACCAGUAUCUCGACUACGACGAAGCGACGCAGACGUUCAAACGCCGAAUCUGCAACGAAGUCUACUUCGAACUCGACGGCCCCUGGCGCGCCAUGUUCCUGCCUGCGAGCGAAAAGAGCGACGAUCUUCUCAAGAAGCGCUACGUCAUUUUCGCGCAGGACGGGUCGAUUUCGGAGCUGAAGGGGUUCGAGGUGAAGCGUCGCGGCGAGUUGCAAAUCAUCAAGUUGUUUCAGACGGAGGUGUUUCCCAAGUUGAUUGAAGGCAAAACGAAGGAGGAAGCGUACCGCGCGGCGGCGGCGGUGGCGUAUCGCUAUCGGGAGCUGCUGACGAGUCGGGGUGUCUCGGUGCAGGACGACGAGGACCUCGAGGAGCUGAUUGUGACGAAGAAAGUGCUGGCGAAGCCGGUUGUUUCGCAGGGCUUGGGGAAAAGCACCAGCAUCACGACGGCGAAGCGCCUCGCGGAGCUGCUGCGGAACGAGACCUACUUGACUGAAGCACCCGUGAGCACGCAGUACAUUGUAGUCAGUCGGCCGGUGGGCGUCGAGAAGACCGCGCGCGCGGUGCCCGUUCAGCUCUUCCACGCAGACCCCGAAACCAAGGCGUUCUACUACCAAAAGUGGCUCGGGCUCCUCGCCAGCUCCUUCGCGCCCGCCGCCGACGGCGACGCCGGCGACGCCGCCGCCGCCGAGACAACGCCCAAAAAGCUCGCGCGCGGAGCUGCUCAGGCGAGCGCCAACCGCACUCUCGCGGCGAUCGACAUCCGCCAGCUGAUCGACUGGGACUACUACGCAGAGCGCCUCGAUGUCCAGUUUCAAAAGAUCCUCUGCAUCCCCGCGAUGCGUCAGGGCCUCCCAAACCCCAUCCCAGAAGUCGCGGUGCCUGAGUGGCUCAAGAAACAGCAGGCCGCGAACAACCCGCUCCAGUCGAAAAUGGAGCACUUUUUCCGUAAGAAAAAAACCGACGAGGUCGCGAAGUUCGCGCCCGAGCCGCGAGACGCCUCCCAGGCCGAAGGGACCCUCUUCGGCCAGGAGGACGACGAGCCGACGCCCGUCGCAGUCGAGGACGCCGCCGCCGGCAGCAGGGAGGAAGACGCACAAGACGUGGUCAGACGAGAAGAAGACAAGGCGAAGGAGGCCUUCUGCGCAGAGCGAGAGCGCGCGGCGAAACAGAGACAGGAGGAAAAAAGACUCUGGUCAACAGAUGUCGUCUCGUGGAUCCUCGCUCAAAAAAAGAACUGGAAACAGCAGAGAGACCAACUUCGGCAGGCGCGCGCCCGCGCCCUCAGCGCCGUCCAGCGGCUGCCGCCGGGCACCUCGCGGGCGGCCCUUAUAGCCCACGUGGGAGUUUCGAAGCUCAUGAAGCACUGGGGACUCUCCCUCCACGACGUCGCGCUGCUGCUUACACAGCCUUGGCAUUUGCUGGACUUUGCGGUCGACGCGAAGGAUCCUGGGCUCUUCUACUGCCGCGUCGCGACGGAUGCGUCGCGGGUCUUUUACACGAUUCCGGUUCAGGUGUACCGGCAAGUGUAUCUGAACACGAAGCGCGACAUCCGCGAGCGGCUGCAGGACAGCGACAUUCUGUCCCCCGAGGCGGACAUCGCCCUGAAGCCUCUGCGCGGUGUCUACUCGCUGCCCCGCGGGAUGAAGCAACAGCAACUGCUCGAGAUGACACUGCCGGAGAGUCUCUUCCAGUCAGAAAAAGAGAAGCUGCCUUCGCUCUUCUACAGCGAUACGGCGGCGAUCUACGAAACUGAGAUCCCGCUGGAUUUCCAGUUCCUCUCCAAGGUUGGAAACACGAUGGUCGUCGGCUCAACGAACCUGGAGGAAGCUCUGCGUCCAACGGAUGGGCGCUUUUUCUCUCCCUCGCUGUCGCGUUUUUCGUCUUCGUCCCGCUCGUCCUUCUCGUCGGGUGCGACUUCGUCUGCGUACCUUUCCGCGGUGUCGCCGAUUCUUGUGCACGUCUUCCACCACAAGGCGCCGGGCGCGGAGGCCAUCGACCGCAUUUUCGUCGCCGUCUACGAGCCGCGGCAGUCCUGUGCGUUCUUCGUCGGCGGCGCGCUCAAGGAGGGAAACGUCGCGCGCGCGGAUCCCGUCGCGGCCAUGGACGAAUUCGUCUCGGCGCUCCGUCGGGCCCUCAGGCGCCGCAGAGAGCGAGCCGCGGAGAGCGGAGAAGAAGCACCCGCGGCGGAAGACAUGGAGGGGGACGGAGAGGAGGACGCGCAGCCCGCGCAUUCUCAGUCGGUGGCGGACAAGGCACGCGCUUCGCAGAGAGGCGAGCCGGCUGAGGAUUGUGGCGACAUCGAUGGCCUCGAGACGCUUGAGCCGCGAGACCUCGAGACCUUCGCCGCGACCUUUGCCCGGCUCCGCCAGCCCACGGUGCACCUGGGCUCCUCCGCCACCUCGCAGCGCUCCGUCGCCGCGGUCCUCCGUGACCUGGAGGCUGCGCUGCGCGAGAGACACUAUCGCUCCGCCGCCUCUGCCUCUGCGCCUAGUGCCGCGGCACGCAACUCGCGGGCCUCCGCUCCGAAGCCCCUCGUUUACCUCUGCUCCACUCUCGACGCGGAGGAGCUCGGCGCCUGGGCGUUGCCGACGCACGCGCUUGGACCCUCCAGCCACGGACCGGGCGGCGAGCGCCUCUCCGUCGUGCACUGCAAGGGCCUCGACCGGCGCUUCAGCAGAAUCAAACGAAGCAAUUUCGCAGAGGACUGUCUGCGCGAGUCGUUGGCGCUCCUUUUUUGGCAGCACCGCGUGUUUGAGGAGUCUCUCUGGGUGUCGCGGCUCUUCUCAUUCCCUCUCGGGAAUCUGCUGGCGCUCGCGACGCCGCGGCGGACGUCGCCGGCGUCUCCACUCUUUUUCUCUUCGGCCGCGGCGCAGCCGGCGAGCGCGCCUCACACGCGGCUGCUGUACGACUUGCACUUUGCGCAGCUGCUUCGCGAGCGGAAAGGCAUCUUGUGGGGCGGGCGCCCUGACGUUAUGCAUGCGGUCCCAGGGGCGCAUGCGGAGCCGGCGGCGGGUCCGGCUGAAGCCCGCGACGGCGCGCGCGGCUUGAAUCUCGAGCGCGACGUCGACCUGGGCAACGCGCGCCUCAGCGCCCUGAACCACGCAGACCACGAUCUCGCCGCAAGCAUCGAGCCGAUCGUGGAGCCGGGCAUCUACCGCAGCGUCUGCUUCGAGAUCCUCCUCAACGACGCGCUCAUUUUCAACAGCGUGCGGCUGUGCGACAAGAUCGACCCCGAGUAUACGACGGCGUCGGACUGGCUGAAUCGAGAGAGCAGUGCACUGAAUGCAGCUCGCCGAGAGAACCUGUUGAAAAGUGAGAACGACGAGGGCGCGACAAACGGAGAGAAAGCAGAAGACGGAGUAGACGCGGAAAUGAAGGACUUCGACGCGAACGGGCCGGACGACGGCCUUGCGGACUUCCACUCAACCACUCAGUUCCAUCCUGCAGCCUUCAGAACUCUCGGCCGCAGUCUGGAGGCGUUGUACAAGGAUCUCUCCUCUCUGCGCGGCCGCGUGGCCUAUCCGUCCGUCGUGCGGCACCUCGUCGCCCUGCCUAACUUCUUUUACGCAUGGGUGUGCAGUCAGGAGGCGCUUCUCUUCGACCCCGCCCUCCAUCAAAAGGUGCUUCGGUACUGCACGGUCUAUUUUUCUUUGUUUUUGACGGAGCUUUCGGAGCGUCGUAAUCUCACCGUGGUGUUUGCGAAUCCGCGGCGCCUGCUGGUGGCGACGCCGCACGUCCUGCUAAGCGAAGGCGAGAAGCACCUGACGUCGGUGAUUCUGCAUCUGAACCGCAGUCCGCUCUUCGACGCGCUCCCAGUCACUGUCUCCUCUGCGUUCCUCGCGGUCGCGCAGCUGGACGCCUCUUCGUGGAUCGGCUACAAAGAGAUCUUCGGCGAAGCCGAGGAGGCGCAGGAUGUGCGUGGCGACACAGAGAGCCAGGGCAGUCCGCAGCGCCAGCCGUGGAGAAAAGAAAUCGCCGAGCUCUUAGCCCGACGAGGCAGCGCCGACGAGUCGCCAGUGGCGCGACGGCGCGGGUCGCAAGCGGCCAACGGCGACGCCAGCGACCUCGACGAAGAAGAGGAGGAAGAGGAAGACGCUGAGAGUGUGGGUCUGCCUGCGGCCGCGACUCCAGUCGAAGAUCACCUCGUCUUUUUCUGCUGUCUGCCCGUCCCCGUUCGGCGUUUCCUGCGCGCGCUGCUAGAUCGCAUCGUCCUCUCCCCGCUGCAGAGUUUCUACCGAAAGAUCUUCGAGGACGAAGACGACCUCGCGCCGAGCGCGGAGGCGGCGAACUGCGAUGCACUGGGCAACCAGGUUCCGCUCGCACUCCUCAACAUGACGCCUGAAGAAACGAAGAAAGAAAUCCACACUUUCGUCGCGGCGCUGUGGUUCACGCCCAGCGACAUCUUGCUUACUCACGACGAGGACGAAAUGGACGCGGCAGACGAAGACGAAGCCAGGGGACGCGCCCACGGCGAAAAACGUGCAAAGAAGAAAAUCCACUUCCUCAUGAAGGCGCUGCAAGAAGGAAAGAAACUCACGCUCUUCUCUCACAUUCUCCUCUGCCUGGAAGACCCCAGAUUCAUGCUGCAACAGUACGGGCGAGUCGACGCGAUGGGUGACCUUUCCUUCAAGCAGCUCGAGUUCCCGAACCGCCUGGGCAGCCGCCUGCGGCAUACGGGCGGCAACUGGCGCCUGGAGGCCGUCAAGGUGCUCGUCCGCCUGCUGGCUGUGGAUCGCGCGAUAGACUUUACCGCGGACAACUGGGCUCAGGCUUUCGACGAGCGUCGCCACGAGCUCUUUGAGCUCGCGGGGGAGAGCGAGUUCUCGCACCUCGGCUGGCGCAGUCCGCUCAAGUCGCUGGCGCUGCGCGACGUAGAGUGCGGGGCCUGCCACACGGUCGCCAACCUCGAUCUGCUUCUCUGCAUCCGCGAAGAUCAAGAAAUUCUCGAAAACGGAGAAGUCGUCGAGUUCAAAACUUGCAACUGCCCGCGAUGUGGCGAGGCGUUUCCAGAUCCCGUCAUUGAGGCUCACCUCUAUCGCGCAGUCGGAGCGAAAUACUACGCCUAUGCGGCGCAGGAUCAUCCAUGCUCUGCUUGCAACGCCGUGAACGCGCUGUAUCGACGAAGCAAAUGCAGAUGUGGGAAAUCUCUCAAACCGCGACUCAGAGCAGAGGACUGGGAGGAGUUCAUCGAGAGCGUUCAGGAGUUUGCUGUGGAAAUGGGGUACGCCAAGCUUCAAUAUCGCCUCGCAGCUCUUCAGCAAGCGUGUCUCCUGCUGGGCGACUCAGCGGCAUAA